CCCACUCUACUUCCUCUGCCAGGGCUGUGUGCACAGCCUGGACUCCCAGGAAGGAUGAGGUCCUCUGUGAUGCCUUUGGGGCCCACGGUGAGCCGGGACCGCGUCAUCACCAGCUUCCCUAAGUGGUACACGCCCGCUGCCUGCCUGCAGCUCCGGGAGCACUUUCACGGGCAGGUCAGUGCUGCCUGCCAGCACAGGAAUACGGGGACCAUCGGGCUCAAACUCUCCAAGGUGGUUGUGGUCGGCGACCUCUAUGUGGGCAAGACCAGCCUCAUCCACAGGUUCUGCAAGAAUGUUUUCGACCGUGACUACAAGGCCACCAUCGGGGUGGACUUUGAGAUGGAGCGCUUUGAGGUCGCCGGGAUCCCCUUCAGCCUCCAGAUCUGGGACACAGCAGGACAGGAGAAGUUCAAGUGCAUCGCGUCUGCCUACUACCGGGGUGCCCAGGUGAUCAUCACGGCCUUUGACCUCACUGACAUGCAGACCCUGGAGCACACCAGGCAAUGGCUGGAGGACGCGCUGAGGGAGAAUGAACCAGGCACCUGCUUCCUGUUCCUCGUGGGGACCAAGAAGGACCUUCUGUCAGGGGCCGCGUGCGAGCAGGCGGAGGCGGAGGCCGUGCGCCUGGCCAACGAGAUGCAGGCCGAGUACUGGUCCGUGUCGGCCAAGACCGGGGAGAACGUGAAGGCGUUUUUCAGCCGCGUGGCCGCCCUGGCCUUCGAGCACUCAGUGCUGCAGGACCUGGAGCGGAGGAGCAGUGCUCAGCCGCAGGUCGGCGACGGGGACAUCAUCCGGAUGGAGGGACAUCCACCCGAGACCCAGGACAGCAAGAGGCCCUUCAGCCCAGGUUGCUGUUAG